AUGGCAGUCCUCCCCCCAGACAUGGCUGGGUGGGAUGAGGUUGCCCCGACGGAGACGAGAGAGGAGGUCCUUCGCAGACCCGAACUCCUGACUUUUCCCUAUCGUUGCCCUCCCCUCGAGCUCAACGCACUCUUCAACAGCACCCGAAGGGCUCUGUGGAGCGCGUCCUCGACUUUUUCCAUCAUGGCCAUGGCCCAACGCGGCGCCUGCGCCAUGGCGCUCGCCUUCCGCGCUGCCGCCCCAGGCCGUGUCGGUCUCGGCUCCGCCUCGGCUACAAUGGCACACCGUCCCGGCUUCAUGACAUUACGAACACUAUCGACCACCCCCUUUGCUCGGCCCUCCCCUCCCCUGUCAAGGAUAUCUGUGUUUACGCUCGGAAAACGUUUCGAAUCUACGACUACCUCGGACUCUGAAAAACGGAAGAACGCCAAGGACUCAAAGGCAGAGGUCGAUGUUCUUCUUGCGUCUACGGUCACUCCCCCACCCGUCAAGGUCGACGCUAAGCCCGACACUGCCUCCCUCUGGAAGCUCCUGUCUCUUGCGAAGCCUCAGAAGAAGCUUCUCACGCUUGGUGUCUCCGCGCUCAUCGUCUCAACUGGCGUCUCGCUUUCCGUUCCCUACAUCAUCGGUAAAAUCAUCGACUACUUCGCUCCCGGCUCCAAGGAGACUCUCCUGUUCGGACUUCCGCUGGAACAAGCCGCCGUCGCCCUCGCCGGCUUUUUGAUUAUCGGUGCUGUCGCCAACUCGAUCCGGUCCAUCUCGCUGCGUCUCGCCGGACAGCGCACUGUCGCCCAGAUUCGUAACAAGACCUACAAGCAGUACCUUGCUCUCCCUCCGUCGCACAUCGAGACCGCCGGUGUCGGAGAUGCGCUUUCGCGUAUCGGACAAGACUCCAGCAUCGUCGGCCAGUCGCUCUCCGAGAACCUCGGAGAAGGUCUCAAGGCCGUCAUGGGCGCCGCCGUGGGUGUGGGUGCCAUGUACAUGAUCUCGCCGAAACUGUGCGCCGUUAUGCUUAUCCUGUUCCCGCCUAUCUCGAUUGGAUCUUACUACUACGGUCGCUACAUCCGUAAACUGUCCCUCAAGACCCAGGAGGCGCUCGGUAACAUGUCCAAGCUCGCCGAGGAGCGUCUUUCCGCUCACCGCACCGUCACUGCCAGCAACACCCAGCCGUCUGAGCGUGCCCUGUUCGCCGGCAAGGUCGCCAGUGUCUUCAACCUGCAGAAGAAGGAGACGUACGCCAACGGAAUCUUCCAGGGAGGAAACGAGGUCGCCGGCGACCUCGCGAUGAUCGGCCUUCUCAUUUACGGUGGAAUGCUCGUCCAGCGCGGCGAGGUCACUGUCGGAGACAUGACCACGUCCCUCAUUUACGUCAACUGGAUCGAGUGGAGUUUGAACAGUGAGUUUGACGAAAUAUUCAAUAAACAAUGGCUAACGUCAGCCCUCGCCACAUUCUUUACUGGUCUUAUGCGUGUUGUCGGUGCCUCGCAGCGCAUCAUUUCUCUCCACAGCCUCCCGUCCCCUGUGCCUCUGAGCGUGGGUGCGCCCGUUGAGGAGAAGGAUGGCGGCGCCAUCGAGCUCCGUGACGUUGCGUUUGCAUACCCCUCGCGCCCCGAUGUCAGGGUCCUCGACGGUGUCAACCUCCGUAUCGACCAGGGUGAGCAGGUCGCUCUCGUUGGCGGCUCCGGCUCUGGCAAGUCUUCGAUCCAGCUUCUGCUGCUCCGCUUCUACGACCCCACCGACGGCCAGAUCAAGUUUGGCAACAAGGACAUUCGUGACUUUGAGCCCGAGUCGUGGCGUGGACGCAUCGGCUACGUUCCCCAGGACCCCAUUCUCUUCGCGGGUACGAUCAAGGACAACAUCAAGUACGGCCACCCCAAGGCCACGGACGAGGACAUCAUCAAGGCUGCCGGCAUCGCUCACUGCGACUUCAUCGAGCGCCUGCCCGAGGGCUACGACACUGUCAUCACGAAAGCAUCGCUCUCUGGUGGUCAGCGCCAGCGUAUUGCCAUCGCCCGUGCUCUCGUCGGCAACCCCUCUGUCCUGCUCAUGGACGAGGCUACGUCGGCGCUUGACUCCGAGUCUGAGCGCGCUGUCAACGCUGCGCUUGACGCCCUGUUCAACGACACCGACAUCACUGUCAUUCUGAUUGCCCACCGCCUCAGCUCCAUUGCCCAGGCUGACCGCGUCGUCUACCUUGAGGGUGGUCACAUCAUGGAGGACGGCUCGUACGACGACCUCAUCACGCGUCCUCAGGGCAGGUUCCGCAAGAUGGUCCAGGGCCAGAUGGCCAAGAUCGCGGACCCGAUCCAGGAGGAGACUGGCGCCGCUCACGAGCCCGAGGAGCCCGCCAAGCCGAAGAACGAGGACGAGCAGCCUGGAAUCACGAUGCGCGCUGCUCCUGCUUCGCCCUUCGCCGGCCAGAAGCGCUUCGCGCACACCUCGGCCACCCGCCCCGACGCCGAGCAGGAGCCUGAGAUUCCGCAGCCUCCCAAGUACCGCACUGUCUAUGGCGCUGCCAACGCGCCCGCUUCACCUCUUCCCGAGGUCGACCUUCCCAUCCCCUCUGCCCCUGCCGCCCCUCUUUCGUCUUACAAGCCUCUGCCCGAGCAGACUCCCAAGCGCUUGAUCAACCUUUACUCGCAGCUUUCGAAGCGCAACCUCAGCAUCCUCAUGACGCUGACUGCCACCACUGGCUUUGCCCUUUCGCCUCUUCCCCUCAGCAUGCCCGUCCUUCUCGCCCUUACCGCCGGCACGUUUCUGACUUCCGCCGCUGCCAACACCUUCAACCAGGUGCUCGAGGGCCCGAUCGAUGCCCAGACACCGCGUACUCGCGUUCGGCCUCUAGUCUCGAGGCGUGUGACGCCCUUCCACGCGACUGCGUUUGGCACGACCUGCAUGACCCUCGGCGGUGCCAUUCUGUGGUACGGCUGCAACCCUACGACUGCUCUCCUUGGCAUCGGCAACCUCAUUCUUUACUCGGCCGUCUACACGCCGAUGAAGCGCUACUCUGUCUGGAACACUUGGGUUGGCGCCGUCGUCGGUGCUAUCACUCCCCUCAUGGGCUGGACCGCCACCGGCGGCUCGCUGUGGCCGACUGCUGAGCAGCCUCUGCUCCUCCACUGGCCGUUCUCGAACCUGCCUGAUCUCCCAAACCCGCUCGCCGCGUGGACGCUUGCGCUUCUGCUCUUCUCGUGGCAGUUCCCCCACUUCAACGCUCUCUCUUACAUGAUCCGCCCCUUCUACGCGCUCAGUGGCUACCCGAUGCUCUCAGUUCUGAGCCCGAGGCUCAACGCGCUUGUCUCUCUGCGUCACGCCGUGCUGCUCGCCCCGAUCUGCGCUGUGCUCGCGCCUCUUUCCGGCGCCGUUGACUGGAGCUUUGCCCUGACCUCGGCCGUACCGAACGCCAUGUUCAUCGCGAGUGCAUACCGCUUCUACAAGAACAUCAACGAGGUGACUGCCAAGAAAUGCUUCUUCGUGUCGCUGUGGUACCUGCCCGUCGUGCUGGGUCUGAUGCUGCUGCACAAGAACCUGCGCAAGUGGUGGACGCAAGAGUCGGACUGGGAGAAUUCGGACGCCGGCAAGAACUACAUCCACGAGCGCGAGCAUGCUCGCGGAAGGAUACUGUCCGAGCGCCACCUGCCCGAGCACACGCAUCGUGUGGACGUCACGAAGCAGCCGCCAGCUGCCCCUACGCCAUCAGCGUAA